AUGGAGACCCCCGUUUCACCAGCUCUGACCAUGCCCUCUAUCCGACCCCAUUCUAGCGCUAUAAACAACAUGGAGCAUUCUUCUCUAGCCGAUUUACAUUCUUCUAUAACUCUUCAUGUUGUGUCCGUCCUCAAAACUCAUGCUCUCCUUUGCGAAUUCUACAGUCUACUCUGGCAGUCUGUCCGACCCGUCCAGUGCUCAAGUGAAAUGUCUCAUCGAAGAGAGAUACGCGCAAACCCCACAGGACCAGGCCCCAGAACCGCCGCUCGUCAAUAUGGUCCCCCAGCCCCAGAACCGCCGGCAGCACCACCAAUCAUCAUCCUUUCCCAAUCUGGCAAAGCACAAGCGCCCCACUUCCAGGUACCAGACCCUGCCGAUCAGCAAGUCCAGCCGCGACCACCUACGUCAUCCCUGUCACUAGAAGCCUCACCAGACGAGCUUGAAGCUACCGAAACUUCGUGCCCACCCGACAAACCCGAGCCCGAACCGCAUCCAGCACCGCCUGUAAUCAUCCUACGCGACGAAACACUCAGUUCGUCCCCACCAGCCUCCGCGCCACCCACUUAUCCCGCUACAACACACACACCCCCUACGAUGGGCUCCAAAGUCAGCAAAGUCAAAGAGCAAGCCUCGAACGGGAAGCUUCAGCCAAGCCAAGAGCGUCUAGACAAGGAAGAGAUGAAGGAGCCAGACAAUUAUUACACACAUCGCAGCAAGAGCAUGCGUCGGAAAGCUGGCAAGACUGGAGCUAGCAGUGGCGCUGGAGGUGCGCAGGGCGGAACGGCUGGAGGUGCUGGUGGUGCUGGUAUUGCAUAA